UAUACAUGGCACGGUAACGACAGUUGAGACAUUCUUGAGUUGAGACAAGGCUAUUAUCGCUCCGGUUCGCUUUAUCCCUAUAUCUAAUAGCAUAUGUAUUAUAUACCAUAGUGUCCUCAGCUGCAGAUUUAAUUAUUAAAGUCAGGGAUGUUCAUAACCCCAAGUGUCAACCCCUGCUACUGCAUAACAAUCAAAAUGGGCCUUGAGCCCUUGCUACCCUCCUGUUUUCUUAGUCGGGAACGAAUUUCGAGAAUAAUUCUCGCUUAAGUCUUCCGCACUCGUUCGCCGUCGAUUGGUGAACUGCGCAACUCCAGUAUAAGCUUCACUUCCAGCUACCGAUUCGGAGCCGGUAUAUGUAUUCCCUCGCCGGCAAGCGAAGAGGGUUUCUCACCUCAGCAACAAGCCAACCGGUAUUGCUCCGGGGGUGAAGGCUUUGAAGGCUUAAGACUCCGGUCCCGAUAUGUCUGUCGUCUAUGCCCGGCUCUCGAUCAUAGGAAGCAGCGAUGAAUUCGCGACACCAGUAGCCGAUCGUAUCCAGACCAACCUCGUACCGCUCACCAGCGAAGGAUCUAAGAUCAUUGCCUCGGGUGUGGUUCUGUUUUUCCUCACCGCGUUAUGGACCGCCCUACGAUUUUGGAGCCUUCGACGAAGUGGUCGAGCAUUUAUGGUGGAUGACGGAUUGAACCUAGGAGCGGUGGUCCUGUUCUAUGGCCUCAUAGCGAUAGAGUUCUCUAUGGUGCUAGCAGGUGGUCUGGGUCAUCAUAUCGGAGAGCUACAGGAUUGGCACGUAGUGCGACUUAUGAAGAUUAUUUAUGCUGGCCAAUUUCUAUAUGCAGCUUCGCUCGGCCUGAUAAAAAUCAGUGCUAUCCUGGUCUUGAUACGUAUCUUCUUCGACCACCGGUUCAAGCUUGCUGCUAUAGCUACCUUGGUUUUCACCGUCAUUUGGAUGGUUGUGAGUAUGCUCAUCGAGUUUCUAAUAUGCCAGCCAAUUGAAAUGAACUGGCACAUUCGAACGCCCGGCGGCACUUGCGGAGAUCAAAGGACGGCUUUCGCAGCAUUGAGCGUCAUCAAUAUCAUAAAUCAGCUCAUGAUCUUGGCCCUGCCUCUGCCUAUGAUCUUAAAACUUCAGAUGGAAUGGCGGUACAAAAUUGUCACCAUUUGCGUAUUUAGUAUUGGUAUACUUACUUUAAUAUUUGGCGCCAUCCACCUUUCGACGAUUAUACAGAUUGACUUUGCCGACGUGCCAUAUACGAUAGUACACGCAACUCUUUAUGGAACGUGUGAGGCCGGCGUCGCUAUCAUAGUGUCCAGCUGCCCCCUCCUUCGACCUGUAUUCGACACGGUGCUCUCAAUGCGUUCAUGCAGAGACACGACAUGGAGAGGCAAAGGCACGAUUCUUACGCUAUCCAGGACACGUAAAAGCACGAAAUCGAGUGGAUUCACUCGGAUGGGUACUGAGUCGCGAGAGGAGCUCGAGUUGGGUAAUAUGGGAGCGCAUCGAGCCAAGCGGGAUACGUUCAUUACAGUAGGCAAACGGCCUACAUUCCGCGAUGACGACGAUAACAGCUCUUUGCAAAAGAUUGUGGUGACGAGUGAGACUAUAGUCAGUAGAGUCAAAGGAGAGCUCUAAUUUUAAUCCAAACUUUUUGCAUUUUCCAUUGGGUCACCUAGGGUCUAGAAAAAAAAAUCAAACCGAGCCGCGAGGCUCACUUGCAACGGACGUUGUAAUUGUACUUGGGACGGAGUUGCCAUAAUCGAAUUCAACGCGAGGUUAUAACAUUGCUACCUAAACCUGGACGGCGAUUCAGGUAGUAGCUAUAUGUUUCGGUUUGAGCCUAUAGCUCCUUUCAUCUCCUCGAUGUAUCAUGUCUAUUACCGUACGACAUGGACAUUGUUUUCCUUAUUGUAUACUCACACAUAGACCAGAAUUAAUUUACGGCAGGGCAUGAGCUUGGCUAGACGACGUCUAGUUGGUGUUAGAUAAUAAUCGGGACAAUGAUUACUGAGGCGCCAAAUGGGUAUCUGGUCUAUGCGAUAUGGGUGGAUUGAAGCUGGACGAGAAGCACGAGAUACACUAACUCAUAAUUGUUAUAGGAGAUGGAAGAUAAAGAAACUAAUGUCAGAUUGAAUUGACUAUUUCAUAUAGAAAAUAAGCCAGACUAAGACAUCGUUACAUCAGCCGUGUAU